AUGUAUAAUUGGAGAGAUAUUGAAAAAUCAUCGGAUUCAAUCUCUGCUUUGAUGGUUGCAAGAGGUGCUCUUAUUAAACCAUGGAUUUUCACAGAGAUCAAAGAGAAAAGAGAUUGUGAUAUCAGUGCAUCCGAAAGAUUGGAUUUGGUGAAGCAAUUUGCUCACUAUGGUCUUGAUCAUUGGGGAUCUGAUCAACUUGGAGUUGACAAUACAAGACACUUUUUGUUGAAUUGGUUAUCGUUCUCUCAUAGAUAUGUACCAGUUGGUAUUUUGAAAACAUCCUACUCAAAGAUCAAUGAGAGACCACCAGGUUACUUUGGUCGUUCCGAUUUGGAGACACUGUUAGCCAGUAACCAAGUAUCGGAUUGGAUCAAGAUUUCCGAGAUGUUUUUAGGACCUGUUCCAUCAAACUAUGACUUUAUUCCAAAGAAUAACUCAAAUUCGUAUGAUGCUCAAGGUUAA